AUGCCCCCCAAGAGGAAGGCUCACGACGCCGACAAAAGUGCUGCUGCUUCCGCCGAAACCGUCGCCACGGCCCCUGCUGUCCCGAAACGACAGCGCGUCUCUCGAGCCUGCGACCAAUGUAGAAGGCAAGCAACUAUGAACAACGCCCGAGAGAAAUGCGACGGUGUCCAGCCCCAGUGCUUCUCCUGCGUAACACUGUCGCGCCAGUGCACCUAUAAUGUCGCCCCCAAGAAGCGCGGCGUCCAGACCGGUCUGAUUCGGACCCUGGAGCUUGCCCUUGUCUGGCUGUUCGAACAAGUCCCCGAAACAGAAGACAAGCUGGCUGCUCUGCUGGCUCAAGAAGGCGGCGGUGGCCAGUCUCUUUUGUUGGACAAGGACAGCGACGCCGGGAAUCGACUUCACAAGAGAUGGAGGAGAUGUCGAGUCCACAAAGAUAUUGACCGACUUCUGUCCGGCAAAGACGGCGCAAGCCCCCGCCAGGACACCUCCGGCGACGACUCGGAAGCCGAACCCGACCCCCGCUGCAAACCCAACGGCGAACUUCCCCGAGACCGCACCGACACCUCCCCGCAACCGGCCACUGCCGCCGACCAAAAACAAGACGCUGCUCCGAUAGACCCUAGUCCUAGGCAGCGCCACGGGUCGACAUCCCGGCGGAGAUUCAAGUUACCCCGAAACUUUCCUCGAUUGCUCGACGUCUACUUCUCAUACACCCAUAGCUGGCUUCCGAUACUAAAUUCCAAGGAAGCACUCGACAACACUGCAGCUUCCUAUCCUCCAGACGGCCUCGACAUCGACCCGGAGGACGCAAACACCAGCGCGGCACAUGCCGAACUCUGGAGUGCCCUGGCUGUCGGCGCUUUCCAAGACUCAACCUCGUUGCACAACUCGGGGGGGCCCGAGGCCCUGGAUCGGCCCAGCUUGAUACUGACAGCUGCGCGCAGCCUGAUACCAGUCGAAGCUGGGAUGGCACUAGGCCAUGUCAAGGCUUUGCUCGUAUUGUCUCUGGUCAAGUUGGGCCAGGACAGUGCGGGAGCUGCCUCUCUGCUCAUAGGCUUGGCCGUCAGGGGCACCAUGGCUUUGACCGAUGGCCAGGCACGGGAUAGGCACCGCAACUCCAUUUCUGGGCAGCCGGCGUCGUCGAUACAAGAAUCCUACUCGAAUGCUCUGGAUCGUGUGUUGAAAGCCUGUCUAAUGCUCGAUACCAUAGUAUCGCUGAGGCUCGGCCAGGCACCUCACAUGAGGGCAAGCGAUAUGAAGGAGAAGCCGGCCGAAGAGACUGGAUUCGAGGAAUGGGCCCCGUGGGUUCCCAGGGCCGGAUUUGGAUCUGUAUCCCCAUCCGAGAAUCCCGCGGGCACCGGCCAGCGCGCACAGUCAUUAAGUUCCUUCAACCAGCUUUACCAGUUCUUCCGCAUCCUGAACCAGAGCGUCGAAUCGGGAGCUGCAGGUCCCAAGGUCGGCGCCGCGAACCUUGUUCAGACGCUUGACCCUCGUUUCUCAUUUUGCAACUCCGUAGUCUUCGGAGCCUCGACAAUACCCAUACUGCCCUCGGCAUUCCUGAUACAGGCCACCUUCCUUGGUGCCACUUUGACUCUGAUGGCCGAUGCUCGUGUUUCUCUCAUAUGGAGCCUGAUGGAGGUUCUCGAGAGCUCAAUAUCUCACUUUGGCGCAGCUGGCGUCUCGCCGCUCCUCGUCACCUACAUAAGCAUCGCAAACACCAAGAGUUGCGUUCAGGCGCUCCGGGGCAAUGACAAAACCAGAUGGGACUCGCUGAUUGCAGACCUCAUGUCCGUCUGGCAAGACCGGACGGCAAAUGUGGCAUAUUCGCCCAUGGAUGCAGAGCCGAGCAAUCGGACGCCAACUCGUAUCGACCCGGCGGCUCUGCCGUUAUCGCAGCAGGCCUCUUCCUCUGCUCGCCCAAAUGCCCAUUAUCCGUUUCCAAUGAAUCCGGACUCUUACCACUCCAACGGCGGUGGUUUCUCACAGACAGCCUCUUCUGUCAGCCCUUCAACGGCAAGAACAAUGCCCUUUACUCCCGGGAGCCAGCUUGAUACGUUCCCGUCGGGGUUCGUGGCGCACAUGCCAUCCGCUCAGGCUCCCUACCUGAUGGGACAAGAGUCUCGGGGCGUUGACUACGACGCCAUCAUGGAUGAACUCGCUUCCAUCGACUGCACAGAUAGUAUGGAGGCGGACCCGCAGUUUAUGGCCAACCUCGGCUUCGCUCCAGGAUCAGAUCUGACAGAUAUGCUCCGAGGAGAAUACGGCGGCAUGUGA